AUGGUCACCCAACAGUCUGCAGCAGAGACCAGCGCCACCCAGACCAACGAGUACGACGUGGUCAUUGUCGGAGCUGGUAUUGCCGGGCCCGCUCUGGCCGUGGCUCUUGGAAAUCAGGGCAGAAAGGUUCUUGUUGUGGAACGAGAUCUCUCCGAACCGGACCGAAUCGUGGGAGAGCUGCUUCAGCCCGGAGGAGUCGCUGCUCUCAAGACUCUGGGUCUCGGCUCUUGUAUCGAGGAUAUCGACGCGAUCCCCUGCCAGGGAUACAACGUGAUCUACUCUGGAGAAGAGUGCGUUCUCAAAUACCCCAAGGUCCCCCGAGACAUCCAGCAGGACUACAACGAGCUGUACAGAAGCGGAAAGUCUGCCGACAUCUCCAACGAGGCUCCCCGAGGAGUAUCCUUCCACCACGGCCGAUUUGUCAUGAACUUGCGAAGGGCCGCACGAGACACACCCAAUGUGACUCUGCUGGAGGCCACAGUCACCGAGGUGGUCAAGAACCCUUACACCGGCCACAUUAUUGGAGUCAAGACCUUCUCUAAAACUGGAGGCGCCAAAAUCUACAAGCACUUCUUUGCUCCUCUCACCGUCGUCUGUGAUGGAACUUUUUCCAAGUUCCGAAAGGACUUUAGCACCAACAAGACGUCUGUGCGUUCGCAUUUCGCCGGUCUGAUUCUCAAGGACGCUGUUCUGCCCUCCCCCCAGCAUGGCCACGUGAUUCUGUCGCCCAACUCGUGUCCCGUUCUUGUCUACCAGGUUGGAGCUCGAGAGACCCGAAUUCUGUGUGACAUUCAGGGACCCGUCCCCUCUAAUGCAACCGGAGCCCUCAAGGAACACAUGGAGAAGAACGUCAUGCCCCACCUGCCUAAGUCCAUCCAGCCGUCUUUCCAAGCCGCUCUCAAGGAGCAGACCAUUCGAGUCAUGCCCAACUCUUUCCUGUCGGCCUCCAAGAACGAUCACCACGGUUUGAUUCUGCUGGGUGACGCACUCAACAUGCGACAUCCACUUACCGGAGGAGGAAUGACCGUUGCUCUCAAUGAUGCCCUUCUACUCAGCAGACUUCUCACCGGCGUUAACCUGGAAGACACCUAUGCCGUGUCCUCCGUCAUGAGCUCGCAGUUCCACUGGCAGCGAAAACACCUCGACUCCAUCGUCAACAUUCUCUCCAUGGCCCUCUACUCGCUCUUCGCCGCCGACUCGGACUACCUGCGAAUCCUGCAGCUCGGAUGCUUCAACUACUUCAAGCUGGGAGGCAUCUGUGUGGACCACCCCGUCAUGCUGUUGGCUGGAGUUCUCCCCCGACCCAUGUACCUGUUUACGCAUUUCUUCGUAGUGGCCAUCUACGGCGGAAUCUGCAACAUGCAGGCCAACGGCAUUGCCAAGCUGCCCGCGUCGCUACUGCAAUUUGUCGCCUCUCUGGUCACCGCUUGCAUCGUCAUCUUCCCUUACAUUUGGAGCGAGCUGACUUAG